AUGGCGGGAAGUGAUAUCCCGCUUUCAGAUUAUGUCUUCGCAAUUAUCUGCGCGUUACCAAAAGAGCUUGCUGCCGCGAAAGCAAUGCUCGACGAGACCUAUCCUGAGAUUCCCCCGGCUCCCUUAACCCAGUGUGCCUUUACACUGGGACGAAUCGGGCGCCACAAUAUUGUCUUAGCCUCUCUCCCAGCAGGAGUGUACGGCACGACAUCAGCAACGGCAGUUGUGUCUUAUUUGCAAUUAUCAUUUCCAGGUAUUCGGUAUGGGCUCAUGGUUGGUAUAGGCGGUGGAGUGCCGAAGGAAACAGCAGACAUUCGAUUGGGUGACGUGGUAGUCAGUAAGCCUACUGAUACUUCUAGCGGCGUUGUCCAAUAUGAUUUUGGCAAGACAAGUAGUGGAGGACACUUUCAGCCUACCGGCACGAUGAACCAACCGCCGACCAUCCUAUUAACUGCAAUCACGCAAUUCGAAGCGAGGUGGAUGAUAAGAAGGGCUGAUGAAAUUUCAAGAUUGAUAGCGCAUGUGCUGGGCCAGCAUCCAGAUAUGGAGGCCGAAUUCUCGAGACCUCAGGAAGCCGACCAUCUUUUUGAAGCAACAUAUGAGCAUGCUGAAUUGGGAGCAUCUUGUAUCAAUUGUGACCCUGAAAAAAAGGUCUCUCGGUCUUCACGAGGGUCUGCAGAGCCUCAUACUCAUUACGGAAUCAUUGCAUCUGGCAAUCAAGUGAUCAAGGAUGCCUAUGCCCGAGAUCGAAUUGCAGGAAAGCUGAAUGCACUGUGCUUUGAAAUGGAAGCAGCCGGAAUUAUGAAUCAUCUUCCCUGUCUUGUGAUCCGUGGAAUAUGUGACUAUUGUGACUCGCACAAAAACAAGCAAUGGCAAGGAUACGCAGCUCUUACUGCUGCAGCCUAUGCCAAGCUACUUUUAUCUUUUGUCCCUGUCACCGACUCCCCAAGAAUUCAAACAAUGCAACAGGGAUUCUCAAUACUACCGUUCAAUCGGAAUCCGCAGUUUCUAGGGCGAGAUAGCGAGAUUAAUCGGUUGGAAAAAGUUAUCCUAGCUCAGAAUCGCAUCCGGAAAGCAGCAAUUGCGGGGCUGGGUGGGGUUGGAAAGACACAGAUUGCACUUGAGCUGGCAUACCAUUUCCUCGAUCAAAAUCCAAAUUAUUCGGUUUUCUGGAUUCGAUCAACCAACAUGGAGGCCGUGGAAAAGUCAUUCAUAGAUAUAUGUGAUGCGCUUGGAUUGCCGAGAACACCAUCCAGUGACCCCAAGUUACAGGUGAAAUCUUAUCUAAGCAAAAGCGCUGGUCACUGGCUGCUGAUUGUGGAUAAUGCCGAUGACACGGAGCUAUGGAUGUCGUCUCAAAGCUCAUACCCCACAUUAAAAACGAUCCUUCCCCAGUCCCCAAAUGGGUUCACUGUGUUUACCACUCGUAACCAAAAACUUGCAACCAGCCUAGCUGGACCGCAAGUCAUCAGAGUUUCCGAGCUUAGCAAAGAUCUAGCGAUGGAUUUACUGAGAGCCUGCCUCAUCGAGGAAGAUCUAAUGAACGACAGUGAAUCUGCCAAAAUCCUUGUACACCAGUUGGGUGGUUUGCCAUUAGCACUGAUACAAGCUGCAAGCUUUAUUAAUCAAAAUUUGAUUUCCCUGAAGGUCUACUUGUCCCUACUUGGCGAGCAAGAGGAUACAAAAGUGGAGUUGCUCAGCGAGGAUUUUGAUGAUGAUUAUCAAUAUGAAGGUGUUCAAAAUCCGGUCUCAGCGACAUGGUUGAUUUCGUUUGAACAAAUUUGCAGGGCAGACUCUCUCGCGACAGAAUACUUAUCGCGUAUUGCAUGCAUUGAUUCCCGGGAUAUACCACUUUCCAUAUUCCCACCCAACGGUUCAGUGGUCGAGCAGCGGAAAGCAUUGGGAACCCUUAAGGCAUAUUCUUUCAUUUCAGAGAUGGCCGAUGUCCAGUUUGUGAAUAUGCAUCAGCUUGUUCACUUAGCGACGAGAAAUUGGCUUAGGACCAAGGGAGUUAUAGAAGAUUGGACCAUCAGAACAGGCGAAUAUUUGAGUCAAAUUUUCCCCUCUGAUGAUCCCAGGAACCGGGCAGUGUGGCGGCGGUACCUGCCACACGCACAAUAUAUUCUUCAAAGUGAGAAUUUUCCAUGGAAAACAGCCGCAAAGGAAAAGCUGUCCCAGAGCGCUGCUCAGUGCCUGUAUGCUGAUGGACGAUAUCGCGAAGCAGCAACACUCUUUCAAAUUGUGUUGGGCAGGCGGACUCAGCAGCUCGAAAAGAGAGAUCCAAAGAUCCUUAAGAGCAUGCAAUGGUUAGCAUCGACAUAUGGGAAGCUGGGACAAUGGAAGGAAGCUAGAGAGCUAGAAGUGCAAGUGAUGAACACAGCCGAGAAAAUGUUGAGCCUUGAGCAUCUUGACAUAUUAUCGGCUAACAAGAACAAUCGCGCAGGGUUACUCUGGGGUGAGGGCCGAUUUAAGGAGGCCGAAGAGCUACUCAUACAAGCGGUGGACAUGCACAAGACAGUGCUUGGCCCUGAAGAUGGUGGCACACUUACCAGCAUGGCCAACCUCGGAUCAUCAUACAAGAGUGAAGGCCGAUGGAAGGAGGCUGAAGAGCUAUUCAUAGAAGUGGUUGACACAAGCAAGACAGUGCUAGGCGCUGAAGAUCCUGUGACACUGACCACCAUGGAGAACCUCGCAACGACAUACAGUAACCAGGGCCGAUGGAAGGAAGGAGAAGAGCUAGGACUGCAAGUGAUGAACACACGCAAGACAGUGCUGGGUGCUGAACACCCUGACACACUGACCAGCAUGGCCAACCUCGCAUGCACAUACGGUAACCAGGGCCGAUGGAAGGAAGCUGAAAAGCUACUCGUACAAGCGGUAAACACGAGCAAGACAGUACUGGGCGCUGAAAACCAUGACACACUGGCCAGCACGGCCAACCUCGCCUGGACAUAUGGUAACCAGGGCCGAUGGAAGGAAGCUGAAGAGCUGCAAGUGCAAGUGAUGGUCUCACGCAAGGCAGUGUUAAAACCUGAACACCCUGACACACUGACCAGCAUGGCCAACCUCGCCUGGACAUACAGUAACCAGGGCCGAUGGAAGGAAGCUGAAGAGCUGCAAGUGCAAGUGAUGGUCUCACGCAAAGCAGUGUUAAAACCUGAACACCCUGACACACUUACCAGCAUGGCCAACCUCGCAUGGACAUAUAAUAACCAGGGCCGAUUAAAGGAAGCCGAAGAGCUAGGAAUGCAAGUGUUGAACACACGCAAGGAAGUGCUGGGUGCUAAACACCAUGACACACUGAUCAGCCUGUGGAAUAUGGCAUAUACAUUGAAACACCAACGGCGCCAUGAUGAAGCUAUUACACUGCUCAAAACUUGUGUUCAGCUACAAAAACAGCAACUUGGGCACACUCAUCCAUACACUAUUCGAGCGUUGUCUGACCUCGAAAUCUGGCAAAAGUCCUUCUCCAGCAGCCUCAUAUAG